CAAACAGAACUGAUUGUCACGUGAUAGUAAAUAUGGUGGACGUAGAAAGAAUUGUUUUUCUGCGCAGAAAGUAGCCAUCUGCAACAUAUUUAAGUCUUUCAACCAGUGAGACAUUUGCCUUUAAAUAUCAAACCACUAUAAUCUGCCUAAAAGAAAUUCUAGCGUGUUAUUUUUUCGUGAAUAUUCAGCUAGAAUAUAACAUCGCAAAAAAUCAACAAGAAACACGAGAACAAUUAGCAACUACGCCUAUAAGGCAAGAAAAAUGACCAACCUAUAUAAGCUAUUGGUUGUAUGUGUAUUGUUCGAAAUAGUAUCAACUCAAUGUAAUAAAGUCGGGGUAUAUAAUUUCAACGAUGGUACAACUCUAUAUUUGAAGUCUAAUAAAUGGGAAACGAGAUGUGCAGAAGGAUAUACAGAGGAUUUAACAGCUACAACUAUAAAUUGGUGUGGCAAGAGCCAUCAAGUUCGCCUUUGCCAUGCAUGGAGACGAACAUUUGAAUGCGAAACUCUUCCCGAAGUUGAAAAUGGAAACUGGGAAUUCAGUUGUACUCAAGAAAAUGGUGAACUUAAAUGCUUACGUCAGCCAAAUAGUAUUGGCAGUCAAGUUACCUAUGAAUGUGAUCCAGGUUAUGAAUUAAAUGGUAAUAUUAAUCUUAAAUGCACAUCUUCGGGUUGGAGUAGUGUGCCUCCUACAUGUCAGAAACGAGUCUCCACACCGUCGGCAGGAAUACCGGAAACUUUCACUGGACAAUCAUUAACUAUAAUCGUAUCCGUGGCUUUUGGAUUACUAACUGUUUUAGUGGCAAUCAUAUUAGGCGUUUUCUUCAAAUAUCACAAGCAGUGCGGACCUACUGAGGGUACGAUUCCAUCUGAACCACCUACACCUUCCAAUCCUUAUUCAAAUGGACUACCUUACGAAACUGAUUUGGAUAGAUUGGCGUUGAUGGCUUUUGCCGAUAUCCCUUCAGUCCACGGCAGACAGCCCCCUACUUAUGAAGAAGCGGUUUCUAAUCGCUUGUCCAACAAUCGUAAUCGCCAAAUUACAAACAUUCGCAGAGAUCGACCAAACUUAUUGAGAGAUAAUACAUCUAUAGCUAGCGGUGAAACUGUUAAUGUGAGUGAUGCAACAUCAACAACAGUGACUGUAGACACUGUUGAAACGCGGUCAUCGAAUCCAUCUCUCUCUCAAAGGGUUGCUGUUGGCUCGCUGUGCUCAAUAUCUCCCGAACCGAGUAUCGCCCCAAGUAUAGGAGAUGCCCUUGUCGAGGAAGGACUUCAAGUAAGAUCCAACUCGCCAUGUAGUCUAAUAAGCAAAGACAGUCGUGAGCAUCCUAAAUUCAACGUAUAGAAAAUUCUUAAGACUAAAAAACUAUUUCAUUAUUCUGUUUAAAUCCUCCAACAUAUAUGAGUUGGAAUUGAUUUACCUGCAGAACAAAAAGAUAUAAAAGUUUUCUUUUUUGUAAGGGCACUGUUUAGUAGAUUAUUAUAGUGAAUGAAGAAAGAAUUGUAAUUUCUGAAAGAGAGUUACACCUUUAUUAAGUAUGUAUUGUGAAGUUUUUUUAUGUUUAUUUGUUAAAGAGUUCAGAAAUCAAUGUAGUUUUGUUUCUUGUCCUAAA